AUGUUCGGGCCAUUGGCGAUAAAUGUCGACCACUGGGCGUAUGGAAUGAUAGGGGGCGUGUUCAGAGUGGGCGGUUGGGCGCAAUGUAAGGCACAUUCCUCGCUCACACUCCUCCCCUCCGCGCUCACUGUCUCUGCCCUCCGCGCUCACAUUCCUCUCCUCCGCCCUCACAUUCCUCCCCUCCCAAUCCGCGCUCACAUUUCCUCCCCUGCGCGCUCACAUUCCUCCCCUCCCCUUCCGCGCUCACAUUCCUCGUCUCCGCGCUCACAUUCCCUUCCCUCCCCUCCGCGCUCACAUUCCUCCCCUCCCACUCCGCGCUCACAUUUCCUCCCCUCCGCACUCACAUUCAUCCCCUCCUCGCUCACAUUCCUCUCCUCCGCGCUCACAUUCCUCCCCUCCCUCACCGCGCUCACAUUCCUCCCCUCCCUCACCGCGCUCACAUUCCUCCCCUCCCUCACCGCGCUCACAUUCCUCCCCUCCCUCACCGCGCUCACAUUCCUCCCCUCCCUCACCGCGCUCACAUUCCUCACCUCCCUCACCGCGCUCACAUUCCUCCCCCCCGCAACUUCACAUUCCUCCCCUCCGCCCUCACAUUCCUCCCCUCCCCAUCCGCGCUCACAUUUCCUCCCCUGCGCGCUCACAUUCCUCCCCUCCCCUUCCGCGCUCACAUUCCUCCCCUCCCCUUCCGCGCUCACAUUCCUCGUCUCCGCGCUCACAUUCCCUUCCCUCCCCUCCGCGCUCACAUUCCUCCCCUCCCACUCCGCGCUCACAUUCCUCUCCUCCCCCUCCUCGCUCACAUUCCUCUCCUCCCCCUCCUCGCUCACAUUCCUCCCCUCCCCCUCCGCGCUCACAUUUCUCUCCUCCCCCUCCUCGCUCACAUUCCUCUCCUCCCCCUCCUCGCUCACAUUCCUCCCCUCCCCCUCCGCGCUCACAUUCCAACCGCAACCGCAAUUCCCCUUCCAUCCCAUCUCUCCUCUCCUCAUCUCUCAUCUGCCCCACUUGUCUCCCCUUUGCUCCCCUCUUGACAAACCCUUCUGUCUCACCUCUCAUCAGCCCCACAUCAUCCGCCCCACUUCUCUCCCCUCCGUGCUCCUCCCAUUUGCCCCACUUGUCUCCCCUCCCUGCUCCUCUCAUCCGCCCCACUUCUCUCCCCUCCCUGCUCCUCUCAUCCGCCCCACUUCUCUCACCUCCCCUCUUCCCUCAUCCGUCCCUCCCACCUCUCCUCCCUCCUCCUCUAAUCUGCCCCACUUGUCUCCCCUCCCUGCUCCUCUCAUCCGCCCCACUUCUCUCCCCUCCCUGCUCCUCUCAUCCGCCCCACUUGUCUCACCUCCCCUCUUCUCUCCUCCGUCCCUCCCACCUCUCCUCCCUCUUCCUCUCAUCUACCCCACUUGUCUCCCCUCCCUGCUCCUCUCAUCCGCCCCACUUGUCUCCCCUCCCCUCUUCUCUCCUCCGUCCCUCCCACCUCUCCACCCUCUUCCUCUCAUCCGCCCCACUUGUCUCCCCUCCCCUUUGCUAGCAUCCGCCCCACUUGUCUCCCCUCCCUGCUCCUCUCCUCCGCCCCACUUCUCUCCCCUCCCUGCUCCUCUCAUCCUCCCCAUUUGUCUCCCCUCCCCUUUCCUCCCCUCCGCCCUCACAUUCUCUCCCCUUCCUGCUCCUCCCAUCCGGCCCACCUGUCUCCCCUCCCUGCUCCUCCCAUCCGGCCCACUUGUCUCCCCUCCCUGCUCUUCUCAUCCGCCCCACUUGUCUCCCCUCUCUGUCUUUUCCUAG